UGUCAGCAGUGCGGAAAAUCUUUCAAACGUUCCUCCACCCUCUCCACCCACCUACUCAUUCAUUCGGAUACGAGGCCUUACCCCUGUCAGUAUUGUGGAAAAAGGUUUCAUCAGAAAUCUGACAUGAAGAAACACACCUAUAUUCAUACCGGUGAGAAGCCCCACAAGUGUGUCGUAUGCUCCAAGGCAUUCAGCCAAUCAUCCAAUCUCAUCACACACAUGCGCAAACACACUGGAUAUAAACCCUUUUCUUGUGGUUUGUGCGAGAAAGCUUUCCAAAGAAAAGUCGACUUGAGAAGGCACAGAGAAUCGCAACAUCCCAGUGUUCCUGAAUCUAUCAUUUCCGGGUUAUACCGACCAACUGACAUAAAUCUUGAAGAUGUGAAGCACGAAGUAAGCAGCAGUAGUUGUUGAGAACAGUGCCAUAUUAGUCCUCGACCGAGAAAAAAAUAAAAAUCAUAGAUGAAUUUGUGUACCUUUGUCUUUGAAAAAGUAUUACCGACAACCGGGGUUAUAUCGGACGAUAUUUUUAAUUAACGUUAACUAAUAUAUUCUAUAAUAAGAAGUUAACCUAGUGAACAUAUUUACAUAAAAAUAUAUCACGAUUAUAUUUAUUUAUUUUUUUAAAAUGCGUCCGAUAUAACCCCGGUUUUGGGGGAAUAUCGGACGAUUCCAUUUUUACAUUGAAAAAGAACGCGUUGAGCCUGGUAUCCGGUAUAGGUUUGGUUAAAAACCAUUAUCGGACAAUUAAAAAAAAAUUGACCAUGUAGGGUUCAGGAUACAGGGUGAUGUAGUAAAAAUAAAAGUAAAAAUCGAUAUAAUGGA